GACCCUCCCCCACCACUUGAGAACCAAGUUCUCUUCGAUCCUCCCUUCCCUUCCCCGCCUCCUCCACCUUCAUCGCUGCUCAUCCCAACCCACGAUCUCACCUGAUUCUUCCGCCCAAAACCAUUCUGUUUACUCACACAAAAACAAGCCCCUUCCAAGAUAUUUAGGUGUUCUAGUUUUCGGUUCCAGUUGCCCGCCGGAGCUCUCUUUCGGUAACUUGAAAGCAAAGCAACUAUACCGGCGAGUUUUGGAAGCUCCACCGCAACUAUGGCAGUCUCCGACCACCGGAAGUCUCACUCCGACUUCAAGGUUUUUCAACUUUGUCUCUUCUGGCAAUCGAGGAAUGCCUCGCCGUCGUCGCCGUCGUCUGCGGCAAAUAACCUUCACCUUAGUAACGAAGGAAGCCGGAGCGACAGACAUCAGGAAGGACACUCUCGGAAGUCUUCGUCUUUUAAAACGGUGUCGUCUGCUGCGAGAUCUUUACUUCCCUCUCGGCGCAGACUUCGUCUUGAUCCUUCUAAAUAUCUGUACUUCCCCUAUGUACCUGGCAAACAGGUCAGAACAGCCGUUCGGUUAAAAAACACUAGCAAGUCUCGUGUAGCUUUCAAGUUCCAAACCACAGCACCAAAGAGUUGUUACAUGCGACCUCCUGGUGGUAUACUUGAACCUGGAGAAAGCCUGAUUGCAAUAGUGUUUAAGUUUGUGGAGCAACCAGAGAUCAAUGAAAAGAUAAUGGACCUGAAGAACAAGGUCAAGUUCAAAAUUAUAAGUCUCAAAGUGAAAGAUGGAGUGGACUAUGUACCUGAGCUGUUUGAUGAACAAAGGGAUCAAGUGACAGUGGAACGAAUAUUGCGGGCUGUGUUUAGAGAUCCAGAGCGUCCAUGCCCUGCUUUGGAAAAAACGAAAAGACAGUUGGCUGAAGCUGAUGCUGCUGUUGAAGCUCGCGAAUCUCGCAAGAAGCCUCCUGCUGAGACAAGUCCUCGAUUUGGUGGUGAAGGACUUGUAAUUGAUGAAUGGAAAAUAAGACGCGAGAGGUACCUGGCACGACAAGUUGAAGCUGCGGCAGAAUCAACAUGAAGUGAGGUUUUCUCUUCCUGCAUGUGCUUUUGUUCAGGGAAGAUGUUGCUAUGAAACAAUAUUGACCAUGGAUACUCUUCAAGUCAACUUCUAGGGGAAUUAGCUCUUCUCUGAGGCAAGGAAUUGUCCUAUGAUCAGUUUAAGUAUAGUUUUCAGAACCCAUCCUUGGAGGAGCAUUCCGGUGUGUACAUAAUAGAUUCAGCCUGAUUUGUGGAUUAAUGCCUGCUCUUGCUAGCAUUUGCUUGGGAAACUAUCUUGUCUGAAUAAUGGAUGAUUCAAUAUAAAAAUAUCUUGUGUGAAUAUAUAAGUGAUGAUUCACAUUGAUUAAA